UUAAAAGCUUAAUUUUAUUUCAAAAUAUUUCGUAAAUUUAUUUUAACAACUGACUCUUUUGUUUCAUAAAAUUCAGUGCACAAAGUUUGAUAAACACAUCUCAAUGACAUUUUUGGUCGUGUUCAAUUUGAUGAUUUUUCUGAAAUAUAUUUAUUUCUUAAUUGUAUAUUAAACUGUAUUGUCAAAACUUCAAUUGAUAUACAAAUACCAGAGAAUGUAAAAUACACACUCUCUGCAAAUACUUUGGAAAACACAAUGUUCUUUUGUAUAUUCCAAAAUAGUGCUAUUGUGAACGGUGAUAACAGUGCCACUUACCGUCGUCUCAGGCAAACUAAUAAAAAUUAUUUAAAUUUUAUAUAUAAGGUUAAUUUCUCUUAUUGAAUAUCAUAGCUGGUUAUUGAAAUUUUUUUUAUUAAUAUAUUAAAUAAAUAAAAAAAAAAUUUAUAAUUUAAUCCUGAGCUAGAGAUGAAAAUCUGGAUAUCUCUUUGUGAUAAUGGUAACUCUUAAAACAUUUUAUUUGCUAAUAAUCAGCUGAUGAGCUAUUAAGAAUUUUACGCGGUUUCAAAAAAUGGCUAGUGAGGAAUUAUUUAGUGCAGAAUUGUCUGAAGAAAUCCUUGGCAAGCAAGAUGAUAAGGAGGAGCCGUUGGAUAUUGUGGAUGAAGAAUCAGAAAUUGUGGCUGAAGUUCAAGAAAUCGAAACAGAAAGUGCCGAUAUAGCAGAAGUGGCUACGGCCGAAAAGGUGGCUGCAACCAGUGAAAAUGGUGGACCAGAAGUGCGCCUAUUCCAGUUACCACUAACACGUAUCAGGAAUUUAAUGAAAUUAGAUCCCGACAUGAAUAUUGCUUCGACGGAAGCUGUAUUUGUUGUGACACGAUCAACGGAACUUUUUAUAGAAUCGUUGGCGCGAGAGGCCUUUUCAUACACAACACAGUCGAAGAAAAAAACAAUGCAGAAACGUGAUGUAGACUUGGCUAUAUCUUCAGUGGAUAGCCUAAUGUUUUUAGAUGGCGCAAUGAAUUUUUAGUAUCGAGUACUUCAUUUAUGCUGCAUAACGUAGAAGUGGUGUAAAUUUGAUAAAAAAAAAAAAAUUUGUGAUUAUUAAUAGAUUUAGUGAAAGGAAAUGACUUAUGACUUGAUUCCUGUUCUCUUAUAAAUCAACCAUAUAUUUGUAUUAUAUACAUGUAUAUCUAGUGGAAACAGUACAGCACUUGGUAACAAUGCGGGUUUUCUACAGCUUCCUGAACUGAGCUUUACUCCAAAUUUUGUAUUUUUAUUUAAUCAUUUCCUUACUGCUAGUAAAUAAUAAAAUACUGUAUUAAUUUAAGACUUACCCCAUCUUUUGAAAUUUUAAAUAAAAACCAGCUAACGUGUUGUUUUUUUGUCAUUUA